GUGUUUAUUAACAAAAUAUUUUCUUUGAAAGAUAUUGAACAAUGUUCGACUGGCACUGCAACUGGUUAGCAAUGUAAACAUUUACCGGCCAUAAACAUCGAAAUUCGCCACACACUUGCACGCACAAAAGCCAUUACAGCAAAUCAAGCAUACGCAGUGUGGAUCGAGCCAAGUGACAACAAAGCAUUUUCGCCUGCCAUUCGAGUGGCUUCAGUUGGCGUUGCCGUUGUCGUUGCUGUUGCAGUUGCAGCGGAGAUGAGUUGUGCUCCACAGCUGGUCAUGGCCAGACAAUUUGCAGUAACCAAAAAUCAAUGACCGACCGGUUUUGCAUAGGCUUUCGGUGGUGCUGGUUGUCGAUGGUAACGUAACAACUUUCGCUGAAACGUCAUUCACGGCGGAGAGCAAAAUGGCAAAAGGCAGGCCGAAGAGAUAAAGCCGCGAUAUCAUCAGCCAGCCAAAUGAUGAUGAUGAAGCAGAAGAAAUUCAGUUUCAGUGUCGCCUUUGCCACAAAUCGCCCUCUCCCCCAAAAAUCCCUCGUACCUUGUUUGUUGGCCAAAAAUGCAUGGCGUUCGGACCAGUUUGUGGCGGCUCGGAAGUGCAGCGCCUCAUUUGAAUAAUUGAAAUCCACUUGCACUGCAAUUAAGAGCAUAAAACGAAAUGUUUGCGUUUCUACACUUUCCAUGCGGGACCCAGUGCGAGUCACAAAAUCGAAUGCAAUGAGCUUGACUUGGCUCAAAUUGCCGGAAAAUUUCGUUUUAGCAAUCGAAUUGUCUGUCUUCCCAGAGCUCUUAAAACAUGCAUCGAAAUGGGAAUGCACUUGGUGUUCGAGUUUAUUUUCGAUCUGCAGCGGAAGUUGUUAAAGGCCUUUCCAGUCAUUCAAAUUAAGCAAUCUCACGCACAAGGCCAAAACAUUUUUCACUUUUGGGCUUACCCCCAGGUGGGGACAUUCUCAGUUAAAUGAAUCUUGUGUCCCGCAUAAAUGUCAGCCAAACACUUCAAAGUGCAGCCGUUAAUUGCCAUACUUGGUUCGACCUGAACACGGAAAUUGCAUGAUAACCUGGUAUACACUUUUAACACGAUUUUUAAAUGCCAUUUAAAUGAAUUGAGGUUGAAAUAUUGUGACACAUUUGUGAAAGGCAAACAAAAAGUUCUCGUCCUGCGAGGAUUGUCAACAGUUUCGUGAUGGCUCUUGGAUGGUCAGUUAUUAUUCUUGGCUGCAUUGGACAGUUGAGCGCACAGAUACUUAAUUAUACCCAGCCCAGAGAUCUGGAAUUGUUGGAAGGUAGACUACUUCGAGUACUCUCGAGACUAAAUCUAGAGGAAGAGUACAAUACCUUGUUGGUCUACGGAAAGGAGUGCGUGUUUCAUUCGUUACUGAGAAAACUAGAGAUACCCGCAGUCACUGUACUAUCAGGAAGUACCGAUUAUGAUUGGAGCUUUAGUACAGCAACACUAGUAUUAAGCUGUGGAUCUGAUGCGGAAAAUGAAGAGAACUCGUACACCCUACUGAAGUUGCAGAGGACCAGACGUCUGAUUUAUCUAGAUGAUAAUAGUGAGCCCGAAUCUGUUUGUAUGAGAUACUCGUUGAAGGAGCAGCACAACAUUGCCAUGGUUAAGUCGAACUUCGAUCAAUCGGAUAUCUUCUACUCCUGUCGCCUCUUUCAGACACCAAACUAUGUAGAAGGACACUUUUUCAAGGACCAACCUAUCUACAUUGAGAACUUUCAGAAUAUGCGUGGUGCUACUAUAAGAACGGUGCCAGAUAUUCUGGUGCCCCGAACCAUCGUUUAUCGAGACGAAAAGUCUGGUGAGACUAAGAUGUUGGGCUACCUGGCACACAUGAUAAAUACCUAUGCCCAGAAACUGAAUGCCAAACUGCAGUUCAUAGACACAGAGAAGUUGGGGGUCAAGAAGCCCAGCGUCCUGGAUAUAAUGAACUGGGUGAAGGAGGAUAUUGUGGACAUUGGCACGACACUGGCCAGUUCCUUGCAGUUUAAGAAUAUGGAUUCCGUCUGGUAUCCUUACCUACUGACCGGUUACUGUCUAAUGGUACCAGUUCCUGCCAAGAUGCCCUACAAUCUAGUGUAUUCGAUGAUAGUGGAUCCUCUGGUUCUGAGCAUCAUCUUCGUCAUGUUGUGUCUCUUCUCCGUUCUGAUAAUCUACACCCAACAGUUGUCCUGGAAGAACCUCACCCUGGCCAACAUCCUGCUGAACGAUAAGAGCCUACGCGGCCUUUUGGGCCAAUCGUUUCCAUUUCCGGCGAAUCCAAGCAAGCAUCUCAAGCUGAUCAUCUUUGUUCUGUGCUUCGCCAGCGUUAUGAUCACCACCAUGUAUGAGGCCUACUUGCAGUCGUAUUUCACUCAGCCUCCAUCCGAGCCAUAUAUUCGAUCCUUUCAAGACAUUGGAAACUCUUCGCUUAAAAUGGCAAUUAGCAGGAUGGAAGUGAAUGUCCUCACCUCCCUGAACAACUCACAUUUUCGAGAAAUAAGUGAAGAUCAUCUGCUGAUCUUCGACGACCUUUCCGAAUAUCUAGUCCUGCGCGACUCCUUCAACACAAGUUUUAUAUUUCCGGUAUCUGUGGAUAGAUGGAAUGGCUACGAAGAGCAGCAAAAGCUAUUCGCUGAGCCCGCUUUUUACCUGGCCACCAAUCUCUGUUUUAAUCAGUUUAUGUUGUUCAGUCCCCCGUUGCGACGCUACUUGCCCCAUCGGCACCUUUUCGAUGACCACAUGAUGCGGCAGCAUGAGUUUGGCCUGGUGACUUUCUGGAAGAGUCAAAGCUUCAUCGAAAUGGUCAGACUUGGCCUGGCAUCCAUGGAGGACCUUAGUAAGAAGACAAAUGUUGGGGUAAGCCUCCUGCUCGACGAUAUCUCAUGGAUACUUAAACUUUAUCUGGGAGCUAUGUUUAUAAGCAGUUUUUGCUUUUUACUGGAGAUAUUUCGUUGCGUAGAGAGAUGCAAACGGUUAUGGAGGUGUAAAUGGUAAAAAUCCAAAAUGUUAAAUAAAUUGCUUUAAAUGUUUUACAAAAAUAAUAAAACGUGUAAAUGUUUUGGACAACCUGGCCGACACAACUUUCCAUUCCGAUAUAGAACAACAGCUUAACGUUGAUGUACCUUUUCAGGUA